AUGUCGAGCGCACAGCUAGCUGCCAUCGCCGCAGCGGACCAAAAGCAACGGCCUGCGCUGUACCGGUCUUUUCUAGAGUCCGUCCUUGACGCUGAACCGUCGUCGCCGGCCCACGCACAGCCUCGUCAGCAGUUGUCUCCAGAAGCCGUCGUUCCUGUUUUGCACGAAAUACUUUCUCACGCCGUGGAGGACAGUAUCGGCUUGGUCAUAUCGAGACAAAUUUUACAGGAUUUCGUCAGGCUGUUUGAGGGAUGGAGUCAGAAUAGAGACCCUGAUCUUGUGACGGACCUGUGGAAGUAUGCGCUGGACAGGAUGCAGGGCAGGGCUGUGGCGUUCGAGGAACAGAUAUCAACAGUACGGGAAAAGCUGGCCAAAUUGUAUGAGGACCAGGAGGAGUGGGAGCAAGCUGCGAGGAUGUUGCAAGGCAUCCCUCUCGACUCGGGGCAUCGAAUUGUCUCGGAUGACUACAAGCUGGAGAUAUAUAUACACAUCACCCGCCUUCUCCUGGAAAACGAUGACGCCGUCGCCGCGGAAUCGUACAUGAAUCGUGCUGCUUUGAUUCUGUCGCCUCAAAGCAAUCCCGAAGCCAAGAUCCAUUUCAAAAUGUCCCAAGCCAGGAUCCUCGAUUACAAGCGGGCCUUCCUUCAGGCUGCUGUGAAGUACCACGAACUCUCUUAUGCGGUCGAAAUCCCCGACUCGGACAGAAUGCAACUGCUCGUACAGGCUGUCAAGUGCGCGGUUCUGGCAGGCGCUGGCCCACAGCGGUCGAGGAUGCUUGCCACAUUGUACAAGGACGAGCGCACGCGUGAGCGGCCAGAAAUCAAGCAGCACGGUGUGUAUGCCAUUUUGGAGAAAAUGUACCUGGGCCGCGUGCUACGAAAGCAUGAGGUAGAAGAGUUCGCAGAGACCCUGGCCACACAUCAACUCGCCAAGCUCGGUGAUGGGACAACAGUCCUCGAUCGAGCCGUCAUCGAGCACAACCUUCUCAGUGCCAGCAAAAUCUACAACAACAUCACGUUCCAAGAACUUGGCAGUCUCUUGGCCAUUUCAGCAGAGCAAGCGGAGAAGACGGCGAGUAAAAUGAUCGGGCAAGGCAACCUGUCCGGAAUCAUAGAUCAGAUCGAUCAACUGAUACAUUUCCAACAACCCGAACGUUUACCGGCAUGGGAUCAGCACAUUGCAGGUCUAUGCCACCAUGUUGACGACGUUGUUGAGACGAUAAUCUCCAAGUAA